CGGCCUCAUUCCGGGGCGGGCGGGCGCGGAGCGCGGCGCGGGCGGGCGGACGAGCGGGCCGAGCUGGCUGAGGAUGCCGCUCGGGGCACCGCGGUCCUCGUGCCAGUGAGCGCCGCCGCAGCCAUGACGGUGGAGUUCGAGGAGUGCAUCAAGGACUCGCCGCGCUUCAGGGCAACUAUCGACGAGGUGGAGACCGAUGUGGUCGAGAUCGAGGCCAAGCUGGACAAGCUGGUGAAGCUGUGCAGCGGCCUGAUCGAGGCUGGCAAGGCCUAUGUCACAGCCAACAGGCUCUUUGUGAGCGGCGUCCGGGACCUGUCGCAGCAGUGCCAGGGCGACACGGUCAUCUCGGAAUGUCUGCAGAGGUUUGGAGACAGCCUCCAGGAGACGGUCAACUACCACAUGAUCCUGUUUGACCAGGCCCAGAGGUCCGUGCGGCAGCAGCUCCACAACUUCAUCAAAGAUGACGUGCGGAAGUUCAAGGAGACCAAGAAGCAGUUUGACAAAGUGCGGGAGGACCUGGAGCUGUCCCUGGUGCGGAACGCCCAGGCCCCGAGGCACCGGCCGCACGAGGUGGAGGAGGCCACGGGCGCCCUGACCCUCACCCGCAAGUGCUUCCGCCACCUGGCGCUGGACUACGUGCUGCAGAUCAACGUGCUCCAGGCGAAGAAGAAGUUCGAGAUCUUGGACUCCAUGCUGUCCUUCAUGCACGCCCAGCACAGCUUCUUCCGGCAGGGCUACAGCCUGCUGCACCAGCUGGACCCCUACAUGCAGAAGCUGGCGGCCGAGCUGGACCAGCUGGUGAUCGACUCAGCAGUGGAGAAGCGGGAGAUGGAGCACAGGCAUGCGGCCAUCCAGCAGCGGACACUGCUGCAGGACUUCUCCUACGAUGAGCCCAAAGCGGAGUUUGACGUGGACGCGCCCAGCGGCGUGGUGAUGGAGGGCUACCUCUUCAAGAGGGCCAGCAACGCCUUCAAGACGUGGAACCGGCGCUGGUUCUCCAUCCAGAACAGCCAGCUGGUCUACCAGAAGAAGCUGAAGGACGUGCUGACGGUCGUGGUGGACGACCUCCGCCUGUGCUCCGUGAAGCCGUGCGAGGACAUCGAGCGGAGGUUCUGCUUCGAGGUCGUGUCGCCCACCAAGAGUUGCAUGCUGCAGGCCGACUCCGAGAAGCUGCGGCAGGCCUGGGUGCAAGCCGUGCAAGCCAGCAUCGCCUCCGCCUACCGGGAGAGCCCCGACAGCUGCUACAGCGAGAGGCUGGAUCGCACGGCGUCCCCGUCCACCAGCAGCAUCGACUCCGCCUCGGACUCCCGCGAGCGCGGCGUCAAGGGCGAGAGCGUGCUGCAGCGCAUGCAGAGUGUGGCCGGCAAUGGCCAGUGCGGCGACUGCGGCCAGCCGGACCCCCGCUGGGCCAGCAUCAACCUGGGCGUGCUGCUCUGCAUCGAGUGCUCAGGCAUCCACCGGAGCCUGGGUGUCCACUGCUCCAAGGUGCGGUCCCUGACCCUGGACUCGUGGGAGCCUGAGCUGCUGAAGCUGAUGUGUGAGCUCGGGAACAGCACCGUGAACCAGAUCUACGAGGCCCAGUGCGAGGCGCUGGGCUGCAGGAAGCCCACAGCCAGCAGCCCCAGGCAGGACAAGGAGGCCUGGGUCAAGGACAAGUACGUGGAAAGGAAGUUCCUGCGGAAGCCACCCUCCACGCUGGCUCGGGAGGCCCCGCGGCGCUGGCGGGCGCUGAAGAGCCCCGGCCGCCACGGCUCCCCCCGCGUGCCUGCCACCCGCCGCAAGGUCCGGAUGGAGCCUGUCCUGCCCUCGGUGGCUGCUCUGUCCUCAGGCGCCGUGGAGCGCAGGUUCCGCCGGGACUCCCUCUUCUGCCCCGACGAGCUGGACUCUCUCUUCUCCUAUUUUGACGCAGGGGCUGCUGCCGCCGGUCCUCGCAACCCCACAGGUCUGAGCAGCGACAGUGGCUUAGGGGGUAGUUCCGACGGCAGCUCGGACGUCUUGGCCCUCGGCGUGGGCUCCGUAGUGGACAGCGUCACUGAGGAGGAGGGCGCGGAGUCAGAGGAGUCCAGCGGCGAGGCUGAUGGAGAGGCGGAGGCCUGGGGCCUGGCGGACGUGCGUGAGCUGCACCCGGGACUUCUGGCGCACCGUGCCGCGCGUACCCGCGACCUCCCCGCGCUGGCCGCGGCGCUGGCCCACGGGGCCGAGGUCAACUGGGCAGACGCAGAGGACGAGGGCAAGACGCCACUGGUGCAGGCCGUGAUAGGGGGCUCUUUGAUCAUCUGUGAAUUCCUCCUGCAAAACGGAGCGGACGUGAACCAAAGAGACAGCCGGGGCCGGGCGCCCCUGCACCACGCCACGCUUCUGGGCCACACCGGCCAAGUCUGCCUGUUCUUGAAGCGGGGCGCCGACCAGCACGCUUUGGACCAUGAGCAGCAGGACCCGCUGAGCAUCGCGAUCCAGGAGGCUAAUGCUGACAUCGUUACGCUGCUCCGUCUGGCGCGCAUGGCCGAGGAGAUGCGAGAGGCCGAGGCGCCCUCGGGCCAGCCGGGCUCCCUGGCGGGCAGCAGCCCCACCGAGCUUCAGUACCGCAGGUGCAUUCAGGAGUUCAUCAGCCUCCACCUGGAGGAAAGCUAGGGC